UGCUUCUCUUUCCUUUGUCCUAAACUUGACAUUAAUAUUAUUACUAUAUCAAAUGCAAAGAGCUGGAUGGCCUUUUGGAGCCUUUCUUCUUCUCUUCCUCUCCUUGGCCUCCUGUCUCUCUUGCUUUCCCAUCAAACCUCCUUGAUCACAUCCACUAACAACGACAACGUUAACAUUCAUCAGGUGUCAGAUGGACGGGUUGGGUCAAACUCUUCUGUAUUCCGUGAGGCCCCUGCAUUUCGCAAUGGGGACACUUGUGGUAAUAAUGAUAGAAUGCAUGUGGCUAUGACACUUGAUGCUAAUUAUUUAAGAGGUACUAUGGCUGCAGUGUUAUCGAUAUUACAACAUUCAACGUGCCCUGAAGACGUUACGUUUCAUUUCCUAUGGGUUAGACAUGAAGAUGAGGUGUUUUCGAGUAUUAAGGCAACAUUCCCUUACCUUAAUUUCAAGGUGUAUCGAUUUGAUGUACAUAGGGUACGUGGCCUAAUCUCUAAGUCUAUACGUCAAGCUUUAGAUCAACCUUUGAAUUAUGCCAGGAUUUAUUUGGCUAAUUUGAUACCUAAUGAGGUGAAACGCGUUAUUUAUCUUGAUUCUGACCUUGUCAUGGUUGAUGACAUCGCAAAGUUAUGGAAGGUUGAUUUAGGUGACAAGGUUUUGGCUGCACCUGAAUAUUGUCAAGCAAAUUUCACCGUUUAUUUUACUGAAGCGUUUUGGUCUGAUCCUUAUAUGCCAAGAACAUUUGAAGGGCGAAAACCGUGUUAUUUCAACACAGGGGUGUUGGUAAUGGAUGUUGAUAAAUGGAGAUAUGGAAAUUAUACAAAAAAAGUAGAGGAUUGGAUGGUUCUUCAAAAGCAAAAAAGGAUAUAUCAAUUAGGGUCAUUGCCUCCAUUUUUGCUUGUUUUAGCUGGAAAUAUAAUGCCAAUUGAUCAUAGAUGGAAUCAACAUGGAUUAGGUGGUGAUAAUGUUGAAGGUAAAUGUAGGGAAUUGCAUCCUGGACCAAUUAGCCUUCUACAUUGGAGUGGCAAAGGCAAGCCAUGGUUGAGAUUGGAUUCAAGAAAACCGUGUAGCGUUGAUCAUCUAUGGGCUCCUUAUGAUCUUUAUCGUUCCUCUAGACAUUCAUUCGAGGAGUAACAUGUCACAAAUGACGGAUCCAGGAUAUAUACAUUACAUAUCUAAUGAAUUUCUUAAUAGUAAUAAUAAAAAAAAACAGAUGAGUAAAAGCUACUGAGUUCAUGUGGAUCUACUUGUUAUCCUGUAGAUCCGAUAUAUAUGUAAGGUUUGAGGGAAGCAUGUUUUGCAUUAGGAAGAGAAGCAAGCAUCAAAUAAGAAAAAUAAAAAAAUUGUCAAAGUGAGAACAUAAAUAGAUUUACUUCAUAGUUAUUUUUGUUAGUUUCUAACACAAUGAUCAUUUUAUGUUUGGAUUUAAAGAAAGAUGGCUAUAAGCAAAGAAUCACACUGAUUAAUUCCUCUUAUAUAUUACACUAUAGUUUGUUUU